UCUCUAUAAAUCAAUUAACUGUUGAAGCACCCAACCUAUUUUCAACUGAAAACCUAGGUACAAUUUUCAUAAUAUUCUUUUCAGUAUGAUUCAUCGUAGUUACUUGUUUUGUCAUUCUUGCGAUGUCAACCAACUUUCUGGAAAACAAUCUUCUCAUGAUGAUCCGUCUUCUUCUUCUUCUUUACCCCUUUUAAACAUUAACUCUUCUUUGCGCAUUCGACAUGAUAUUUGGUAUUCAAAUAAUUUAGAACAAGAAGCACAACUUUAUCGCACAGGAGUAAGAGUGGAAACAAUAUUGAAGCAUGCCUUUCUCACCUCUUCAGUUAUCUUGUCCUACGACAAUUUUUACUAUGCAAUUUCACAACUGUUUGGGAAUUGGAAAUUAGAGUUUCAAGAUAUGCGUGAAUCUUUGAUAGGAAAUAUAAUGAGUCAGGUGCGUUAUAUUGCUGAGUCUAACAAGGGACAUCGCGGAGUGUUGGAGUUAUAUGUGGAUAUAAAAUUGGUAUGCAGUGAUGUUAUUGAGGAAAGGAGAGAAGAUUCAUCAUCAUCACAGUAUGGUAUGGUGCCAGCUAGUGAGUCAUCUAUGCAAUCGUUAUUAAAGAAGAUAGAGAUUGAUGAAGAAAAUACCACAGACGACAAGUGCAUGGUGUGUCUAGAAGAGCUUGUAAAGAAGGAAAGAGAGGGUGAUGAUGAGAUAGUUAGCAUGCCUUGUUCUCAUACGUUUCAUGGAGAGUGUAUCACCAAGUGGUUAGAGACGAGUCAUUAUUGCCCUAUUUGUCGCUUUGAGAUGCCCAUGCAGGAAGGAAUAACUAAGUAGCUAUAGCAAAUCUAGGAAUUUUAUGUAACUUCAAAUUUUCUGCUAAAUAGAACUCGACAAUUUCCAAAUACAAAAUUCAACUGCGUUUACACAAUAACUAAGUAGCUAUAGCAAAUCUAGGAGUUUUAUAUAACUUCAAAUUUUCUGCUUCAUCGAGAAAUAGAACUCGACAAUUUCCAAAUACAAAAUUCAAACUGAUCCGUUUAAUGUUUACACAACGCGGUGCUUAUAUAAUAAAAUCAAACUAGAAUGAAAAUCUAAA